AUGCGCCGCGCCGCCGCGGCCCAGUCCGAGGCCGCUGGCGACAUGAGUGACGACACGUCCAUCUCGUCGGACACGGCUGGCACCCGAAAACCCCUCAAGCUCUGGGACGUUCACCGCAACAACAAACUGGGCAUGGUGGCUGGCUCUCUGAAGGAAUUCGUCACCAAAGGGAAGGCCCGGCUCGGGAUCCCCGAGACGGCACCCGUGCGACUCGUACUGGAGGUGGACGGCACGGCCGUCGAUGACGAGGAGUACUUCAGCACACUGGAACCGCACACGGUCCUGAUGCUGAUCCCGCCCGGACACCGCUGGACCGACUCGAAAACGUUCGAAUAUACGGUGCAGAUUGGAGACGAGCCAGACGCGUGCGGCAGUGGCGGCGCGGCGGCGGCGCGUCGCAGUCACCUGCUGCACCGUCUGCGCGCCGAUCCCGGCUACAUCGCGCUGCUAGGUGGCACCGACCUGGAGCUGCUCGGCGCGCUGACGCCCGACCAGGCCACCGGCUACGACGCCCAGUUCGUGGCCGACAUCCAGGAGGCUAGCUGCCGCUACCUGGAUGGCCGGCGCGACGUCGAGGAGGCGCUCAGCUUCCUCAAACACUGCAAGAAGGGUGGGAACUGA